AUGGGAACCGACAUCGAGCAUCACAUUGAUAACGGGGCAGAAUUUAAGAAUCAACUUUUAACAGCAAUAUGUCAGCAAUACGACAUCACACAAACCUUCACAACCGUCUACCAUCCAUCCUCAAAUGGGUUGCUCGAGCAUACAAAUCGUAAAAUUGUUGAGAUUCUCCGACACGUGGUGAAUCCAAUGCACAGUUCGCAUGGCUUGGAUAUCGCUACAGCCACAUCCCCAGCAGACGUCAAACCCAGGGCAUUAGUUGCCCCACUGGGCAAAGUACUUGUAGUGGAAGAUGCCGUAACUGUCAAGUACGAGCUCCAUGGUUUGGUGCGCAUGCCAGUGCACCUGAGGAGCAUGAAGUAG